AUGAUCGGGAGUUUCAAGCUAAGUGCAGCACUUGUCAGCGGCAAUCGCGUCCCUUUGGAGAAACUUCAGUUGGUCCAACCUCAAUGGAACGACUCGUCUAUGACAGACAGCAUCUACCAGUACACUCGUGAGCCCUUGAUGCUCUGUGCCAGAGCCAUCAACUUCAUCGCCGGCGACGUGUCCUCUCCAGCAACCGAGUUCCCGAUUCCGCUCGCACAGGCCUGGAGGCACAUUGCUGAGGAGCUCGGUGCCUGGUACACCAACCGCCCAGAGGAGUUCCAGCCCAUAGUCGAGCUUGAUCUUGACUCCCGCGCAGGCGAGCGCCUCUUCCCGACGGUUCUCUUCACAAAUGGUGCCGCGGUACUCGCCAACCAGCUAUAUCACACAGCCAUGAUGAUACUACUACAGCACAAGCCGAGAACCUUGGUGCUCGACUCUAGAAGAUCCUCGGCCGUGUCGCCGCUGUGGCACGCUCAGCGAGUCUGCGGCAUUGCUCUCAACAACGACCGCCGUGAGUGCUGGGACCUUUCGCUGGUCUCGAGCCUCUUUGUGGCGGCGAAGAAGAUGACAUACGAGCCUCAGCAGCGUGAGAUCCUGCGCCGCUUCGAUGCGAUCGCCCGUGUGACGGGCUGGAACAUCGGCCGGUUCUCAUCGAUGCUGCGCGAUGAAUGGGAUAUCUCUGACAAGGGCUGA